CCGAAGACUGUUUAAACGUCUACAUGAAUGAGAUAAUUGAGUAUUUCGAUCACACCCAAUACAAACAGGCGCGCCCCAGCUACCCACCUAAAGUGUUCGAAAUCAUCGCCAAGCACCUAAAAUGUCUGCCUGUCAAAAAUAUAGUAGACGUCGGCUGCGGGAGCGGGCAGGCGUCUUUCGGUCUGUUGAACUACGGCGAGCACGUCUUGGGGAUUGACUUGUCGCCCGUUCAAAUUCAAGGUGCCAGGGAAGAAAUCCUGAGGAGAAAAAUAGACCCCAAUAGAAUCGAUUUCCAGAUAAGCGGUUCAAAUGCCAUUCCGGUAGAAGACCACUCAGUAGAUCUGCUCACAGUUGCUCAGGCCAUACACUGGUUCGAUUUGGAAGAAUUCUAUAAAGAGGCCAAAAGAGUCCUGGUCCCCGGCGGCAGCGCUGCAAUCUGGUGCUACGAUAUGGCUCGAGUCAUGAACAACGACACGGUGGAAAGGGCCUUCUCAAACUUGCACUCAGGCAUUUUAAAAAACUAUUGGACGAAGCACAGGGAACUGGUCGAUAACGGAUAUAAGGACUUGAACCCGCCCUUCAAGCACGUAGAGAGGUUUCAAGCGAUCCUGGAACACAGUACAGAUAUAGAGGGACUGCUAGUAUACAUCGGUACAUGGUCUUCUGUACAUGAGUAUAAGAAAGCGCAUCCAGAUCAAGAUUGUUGUGCAGACUUGAAAAAAGUGUUGGACGCGUGUGCUCCAGACACAGUUUUUCAGCUGCAGUCUACCAUUCAUAUGUUGUUGGUACGCGACUGAGAAAAGAGGUCAGAUUGCGGAUGCGCACCGAGCACAAAAGGCCACGGUUGCGCGCGAUUGAGAGCAGACCGUGUUUCGUGGUGCAACGGCUCGCGAUCACGGCUUAGCGAAGCGUCAGCGUCACGCUGAUUAGAGUAAUAAAACCAAACAACUGCUAGAAUUCAGACGAUAGCCCCGUCAGACGCUCAAUAGA